AUAUAUAAUAUAUGAAGUUGUGGUUAAGAUUCCGGUAUUCGUGUUGACCGUUAAAAGGUUACAAAAAUGAUUUUCAUAGUAUUACCCUGUUUAGUUCUCCUUUACAUUUUGUUAAUAAACUUUUUAUAUGAAUUAUUCUGUGCUAAAGAAAAAUCGGUUCAAGAAAAACACGUAGUGGUUAUUGGUGGCUCAAGUGGGAUUGGUAAGGCUUUUGCAUGUUUAGCAGCCCAAAAAGGGGCACAUGUGACAAUCAUAGCACGAAAUGAAGACAGACUUCGAUUAGCAGUUGAAGAAAUUAAAAAGGACCGUCUAAAUGACUCACAAAGAACGAAAUCUAUCUCCCUUGAUGUUUCUGAUUAUGAUCAAGUGAACGGGUGUUUACUAUCUUUGGAUGAUGAACUUCCAAUUUAUAUGUUAAUGAAUUGCGCUGGGUUAGCAAUUUGUGGAAUAAUCGAAGAUGUAAGUGAAGAAAAUGUUAAAAAAAUGUUUGAUGUAAACUAUUAUGGAACUCAUAAUGCAAUAAAAACUUUAGUUCCCCGAUUUAAGACUCGGAAAGAGGGACAUAUUGUUUUAACUGGAUCUCAAGCUUCAUUACUUGGAAUUUACGGUUAUACAACUUACGCAGCAACUAAAUUUGCUUUGAGAGGUUUAGCGGAAGCUUUAGCUAUGGAAUUGAAACAUUAUAACAUUCAUGUAACAUUGGCCCUUCCUCCGGAUACAAACACACCUGGUUUUCAAGAGGAAAAUAAAUCGAAACCUGAAGAAACUAGAUUAAUUACUGAAUCAGCCGGUAUUUACCAACCAAAAACGGUGGCUCAAGCAAUUUUAAAAGACGUUUUAAAAGGAUCUUUUUUUAGUUAUAUUGGGAUGGAAAGUUUUUUGUUGACCACUUUAUGUGUUGGAAUGACUUCACAUCGCAAAUAUUAUGAACUCGCUUACCAUUGUAUUUUAUUGGGACCUUUUAAAUUGAUUAGUUCCUUUUAUUUGGGAAAUUUUCAUAAAAUUAUUAACGACUGUGCAAAAAAGAAUAAAAAAGCUGAUUAAAAGAAUGAUGUAUUUGACAACGCAUUUAAAUUUAGCUUAGUAUUAAAAGUAUUUUUGUGAAAUUAAACGAUUACUUUUAAAAAUAA